CCGAUUCGAUCCAAUUUCACCUGAAAACCCUAACAAUAUGAUCGACGGGAAGCAGACCGCGUCGCCGAACGGAGCUUUCCGGCGACUUUUCAGAGCUCGAGGCCGGAAAAAUGCGAAAGCCAGUAAUCUACUGGAAGCCAUUGCCAAAGUAAGCAGAGAAGGAACUGGUUUCGUUUCUCAGAACGAAGAAGACGGAGUCGUACGGAUAAAGAUGGUGGUGAAGAAGACAGAUUUAGCUCAAGUUCUCGAAGCCAUGGCC